ACUUGCCAUACCAUUUACUUGCUUUUCAAGAACAGACCUACACAUGUGAUAUAUUUUACAAGAACACUAAAUGUUUCGCAAGAUUCUGAAAGGCAAUUCGCCGUCUCGGUGGAAAGAGCAACUGCGACUGGUCCAAACUCUGACUGAGGAGGCUGUCAAGGAGUCGGAAAAGUCCAAAAAGCUGGGUCCAGAUAGACCAAAGAUUUCAAUGACUCCAAAGGGAUAUAAACCGAAUACCAAGAGCAAGUUUGGACCGCUGGAUGACUGCGAUCGGGUGUUCCAGAAUCUCUAUGGACGCCACGAAUGGCGGUUGCAGGGAGCCUGCGAGCGGGGCGAUUGGCAUCGCACCGCGGAUCUCCUCGAGCAGGGUCCCGAAUGGAUUAUGGAGCAGGUGGGCAAGAGCGGACUGCGAGGACGUGGAGGAGCUGGCUUCUACGUCGGUCUCAAGUGGGAGUUCCUGCGGCAGACCAAGUCCGAAAAGGUACCCAAGGUUAUCAUCGUGAACUGCGCCGAAGGAGAGCCGGGAACCUGCAAGGAUCGGGAGAUCCUGCGCCACGAGCCCCACAAGCUGAUCGAGGGCAUGCUCCUGGUGGGCGUGGCCAUGGGAUGCGGCAGGGCCAUCGUGUACAUCCGCAAUCGGUUCUACAACGAGGCUUGCAACCUGCACUUUGCCCUCGCGGAGGCCUAUCAUCACGGUUUGCUGGGGGACGAUGUCUGCAGAACAGGCAUCAAGUUCGAUGUGAUGGUCCAGCGGGGAGAUCGGUACUUGUGUGGCGAGGAGACGGCCAUGAUUAACUGUUUGAUGGGCGAACUGGGCAGACCCCGACGUCGUCCACCCUUUCUCACGGAGAAGGGCUACUUUAACCACCCCUGUUUGGUGAUCAAUGCCGAGUCCAUUGCCGUAGUGCCCACCAUCUUGCGAAGGGGCGCCGAGUGGUGGGCCGGACUGGGCCGUAGCUACAACACGGGCACGAAACUCUUUUGCCUAAGCGGAGAGGUCAACAAUCCCUGCACUGUGGAGGAGGAGAUGUCCAUUCCGCUGAAGGAUCUGAUAGAACGGCAUGCUGGCGGAGUCAAAGGCGGUUGGGACAACCUGGCGGCUGUCUUCCCAGGCGGUCUGUCCACACCACUGAUAGAUCCACCCACUGCUGAGGAGGUUCUCAUGGACUUUGAUUGCCUGGUGUCGGCGGGCAGCGGCUUGGGUUGCGGAGCCGUCAUCGUGAUGAGCAAGGACAGUGAUCCUCUGGCGGUGAUGCUGCGCUCCAUCCAGUUCUUCGAGAAGCACACCUGCAAGCAGUGCACCUACUGCCGGGAUGGUGCCAUUUGGCUGCCGGAGAUGUUCGCCCGGUUCGUCAAGGGCCAGACCCAUCCCCACGAGAUCGAUUGGACACUGGCCAUCGCCGACAAGAUCAGGAACAGCAAGCCCAUCUGCGCACUGGCCUACAGCCAAGUUAGUGUGGCCGAGAGCCUGGUGCGCUUGUUCAGCCAGCAGAUCCAGGAACGCAUCCUCAAGUUCGCAAAGGGAUCUUAAAGCAUCCGGGCCGGAAUUCAACUUAAGAAAAUGAAUUAAAUCUUCCAAGUUCCUUUCAAAAACCAGAAAUAUAAAGUAUAUGUAUUCUCUAUUAUUGAAUGACACACAUUUGCCGUCAUAAAUUACUUUUUGCGCUAACAUUA